AUGGCCCAGCUGACCGUCGGCGGUUUGCCAAAGCUCUCGGCGUGCUUUGAAGAGCGGCUCACGCCAUAUCCGAUCAUCGAGGUCUUCUGGCCGCAGCUGACCCAGAUGGUGGCGUUCCUGGCGUCCAACAUUUCGCUCACUGGCGACGUGAGCAUGCUCAUGCGGAUGUUUCCCGCACUGCAGGUCAUUGACCUCUCGCACAACAAGCUGAGCGGCGUCAUUUCAGACCUCCCGGCUCACCUGCUGGUCGGCGAUCUGGCAAGCAACGAGUUUCGCGGCGAGCUGCCGUCGCGAAUCCAGGUCAACAUCGACUCGCAGCUGCUCUCGCUCUCGGUGGUGGGCAAUCCGGAGAUGCGCGCGGCCAAGCUUCCCGGUUAUCUGGAGCCGUUUAGCGGCGCCGACCAGCUGGUCUCGUCGAUGGUCUUUCCGGACAGCCACUACUCGUGCCCGCUCCUGACCGACGCAGCGACCGGGACGACGGCGCUUCAAGUCGAUCCGAGCUACUACGCGUGGACCUUGUGCAACUGCCUUGACGGCUACAUUGGUGUGGUGGAUCCGGAGAGCGGAUCGGCCGGUUGCCAGCCGCUCGACUCGCUGUGCAUCAUUCCACGCGCCAACGAGCUACAGGCGCUGGGUGCAUCGUGCGGUCGUGCGUCGGGUCGGUCGCUGCAGCUUGCGCCUGGAUGGUGGCCGUCGCCGCAACCGCAGGCGGCGCGGCGGUUCAUCUGGUGUGGAGAAGAGCUUUGCAACCCAAGAGGCACAGUGACGUGUGUCUCGCAGUCGUUUGGCUCCCCGCUUGUCUGCACUGCCGCGAGCAGUAGCGAGUACUGCGCCACAGGCUAUCGGUCUCGGCUGUGUUCGCAGUGUGACGUGGGCUACUUUGCGGCGCUGGGCAAGUGCACAAAGUGCACGCAUUCAAACGCGUCGUCGUCGAUUGUCCGCAACCCGUGGUCGUGGAUUCUUUUGCUUGUCCUUCUCUCCGUCGCGCUCCUUCUCGAGUGGAUGCUGACGCGCGAUACAAGGUCGUCUAACCUGUUGCUGCUGCAUGCGGUACGGACGCGCGAGCUCGGGCUCGGCGAGCCGGGCUUUUCGUGCCGCGCGCUGGUCCUGCGGGUGCGCCAGUACAGCCAGGAACUUGUGCUUGUGGUUCUCUUUGUCAUCACCUUUAUCCUUGUCUCGCUCCUCGGCAUCGCCACAGUGCUCGAGGAGAUAGUACUCAUAGUGGGACUGGCGGUAUUGGUCUUGUUUGUCUUUGCGGCCAAGGCCAACUACUUGCGAAAUGCCGAGCUUGCAUCGCGUGCGACGCGACCACAGACGGCGACGCAGCUCCACGCGCUGUUCCGGAUCAUGCUUGUGUACCUACAGAUGCUCGCGUCGCUUGUCGACGCCCAAGCCGGCGUGUGGACGCCGUCGCUCUCGUGGUUUGUGCGGCUCAUCCAGCGCGUCAACGUCCGGUGGGAGGGCCUCGACUGCGUGGGAUGGAGCUACGGCAACAAGCUCGUACUCUUUUGCGCCAUGCUGCCGGCACUCAUCGGAACGGUGGCGAUCAUGUGGGCUGCGCGACGGGCAACAUACGUCUGGAGAUUCGCUCGGAGCAGGGCUCGGCUGGAAGCCGUGUUCUCGGUGAACGGCGCCUCGCCGCGCGGCGAGACCACCCAGUUACUGGCGCCGGUCCAGGGGAGCCACGGGACGCACUCACGGGUGAGCGCGCUCCGCAAUCAGUUUGCAGCCAUGCGGGUAGCGCUUGACAACAACUCGCUGGCCAUGGUGUUCUUUCUCGCCUUUGUCUUUGCCUUUCCCAUUACCCAGCACACGCUGACGGUGCUCCACUGCGCGCCUUCGGCUGAUCCGCUCGAGACGGCAUCGUACAUGGUGGCGGCGCCAUGGAUCUCGUGCCAGUCGCACUCGUACCAAGUGAUGGCAACGGUGGCGGGCGUGACGCUUGUGGCUGUGGUGGCUCUGGUCCUGGGCGCCGGCUGGCUGCUGAGCGGGGCAGUGCUGCGGGCUCGCCGGCGGGCGCGCGAUCUCUCGCCGGUCUUGCAGAACACGGCCCAGUUAAUGUUUGGCAUCUUUGGGACGCAGGUGUGGUGGUUCGAGUUUGUUAUUCUUGCGCGCCGAUUUGCGGUCGCGCUUGUACUCUCGCUCCUCCCGCCCGUCGAUUCGCCCGUCGUGGCCGGAUCGCUUAUUGUGGCGCUGCUCCUUGUCUCGCUUGUCGUUCAGUGCCGUCUGCGGCCGUUCCUCUCGUCCUCGGCGAACUUGAUGGAAGAACUCUCACUGGCGGCGCUUGCUUUCUCCUACGUGGUCAUGGCCAUGUCAUUCCUCAAUCCACGGACGUCUGCGGACGAUCUCACCGUUGUCGGCUCGUCGAUCAUCGCCCUCAACGGCGUCGUCGUCUGCAUCUUCCUCUUCCACGUCGUGCGGAUCGUGAUCCAGCCCAGCAGUGACUCUGAAUCAUGUCGCUAA